UCUCUCGAUGCCUCAGUGAACGUUACAAAGUAAUGGCGGCGUGCCGGGGAUCUUCGUCGAAAUGGUUUUUCACCCGGGAGCAACUCGAAAGCACGCCGUCCCGCCGAAGUGGAGUAGAACCAGACCGGGAGCUCUCCUACCGACAACAAGCGGCGAAUCUGAUCCAAGACAUGGGCCAGAGGCUCAACGUCUCUCAAUUAACAAUAAAUACGGCAAUUGUUUACAUGCAUAGAUUUUAUAUGCACCACUCUUUCACCAAAUUCCACAGGAAUAUAAUAUCUCCAACCACCCUAUUCUUGGCUGCAAAAGUGGAAGAACAACCUCGGAAACUCGAACAUGUGAUCAAAGUUGCACAUGCUUGUCUAUACCCGCAAGAAUCGCCUCUAGACACAAAAAGUAAUGCAUACCUCCAGCAAGCUCAAGAGCUGGUGAUGCUUGAAUCCAUAGUUCUGCAGACCCUAGGCUUUGAAAUUACUAUUGAUCACCCACACACUGAUGUGGUGAAAUGUUCCCAGCUAGUGCGAGCAAGCAAGGAUCUGGCACAGACUUCCUAUUUCAUGGCUACCAACAGUCUGCACCUCACUACCUUCUGCCUCCAGUACAAGCCCACAGUGAUUGCCUGUGUAUGCAUCCAUCUGGCGUGUAAAUGGUCCAACUGGGAGAUCCCAGUUUCUACUGAUGGGAAACACUGGUGGGAAUACGUAGACAGCUCCGUCACUCUUGAGUUGCUUGAUGAGCUGACGCAUGAGUUUCUGCAAAUUCUGGAGAAGACGCCCAGCCGGUUAAAGAGGAUACGCAACUGGAGGGCAACACAGGCUGCCAAAAAGCCCAAGAGUGAAAAUGCCCAGUUGACGGACACCUCCUUUGCUGGGCCUUCAAUGCUCCAGGACCAGGGCGAUGGCACACUUCCUGGAGUUCCUUCUUCCAACCCAAGUUUUUCCAAAGCAAGCGCCACCUUCCCUGUGCCCAUGCCUGGCCAGUCCAGAGGAGGACCUCUGUCACUGGACGCCAUGACUGCCACAUACAAUCCAGGGAGCCAUAGUGAAUGGCCCCAGAGCAACCAGAGCCAAGCAGAGUACUCUUCCACCUGUAUAAAACAGGAACCCCUAAGCAUCCCUCUCCAGGAGCCGACACUGUCCUUGCAAACCUCCACUUCCUCUUUGCUUCAGCAACCGCCUAUGUACAGGACUGAGAAAACAGUAGAUUUCAACCCCAUCAAACAAGAACAAAAAGCAACUGGUGGGAGUGGUGUGGGCAAACAGUCUGCUUUCCCUCCACCAGCUCAACCUCCUCCACCACAACCUUCUCCAGCUCAGAAGCUGUCUCUAGACAAAUACAGAGAGAAACAUGCUGCAGAGCUGGCUGGCUCUGGACAGAAACGUAGGCAGGAGCAGCAUGAAAGAGUAAUGGACUUUGAAGUGAGGGGGGAUAUGUUGUCCUCCUCCUCUACCUAUGCACCAUCCACCACGGGCCAAGCAGAACAUAGAAAACAUUUGCAGCCGCACCAAACAUCCCAUGGUGGCGGUGGCAGCACCACUGCCUCCCCAUUGAAAAUUAAAGUUCCUUCCUCAACUUCAGGGCAAGAUAGACGCCAUCACAGUGACAAACGGGACAAAGGCUCAAUUAAACUCCGUCUGGCUGUUCCUGGGUCUAGCGGCAGUUCACAGCUGGAUAAAAGUGGACAACCAAGUAAAGACGAACUGAAGAUGAAGAUAAAAGUUUCAUCAUCUGAGCGCCACAACUCAUCAGAUGAACUCAUAGCCACCAACAACAACAACAACAGUAAAAGUAAACAUUCCAGCCCAGUGGUGAGCAAAGAGAAGCAGCAUCGUGGAGCAGAGCACAACCCCCAUCGCCACUACCACAAGCACAGUAACCCCCACCUGCACAGUGGCAAUGGACGAGGAGGCGCCGAGGGCCCAGGUGGUGGGGUAGGCCUGCCACGGGGGCCUCCAGGAUUGGUCGGCAUGGAAGGGACGACACUUGCUCCUCCGGGAUCCACGUCUUUGUCUUCUUCACGCAAGAGGGUACACCCUGAGGCCAGCCACAACCACCACCCUUCAUCCUCAUCCUCCACUUCUUGCUCCAAAGUGAGCAAAAUCUCCAAGAGUGGCAGUGGUACUGCAGGUACUUCAUCUUUUUCUUCCCCCCUUUUUCCUCCUUGCUCCUCUCCUGUACUGCAGUGUGUCUCAUCUGGCUUGCAGCUCUAUGGCUAACCUCCCUCCUUCCCUCCCACCCUCCUUCUCCUCCUCCUUCUCCUCAUUCUUGUUUUUCCUCCCCUCCUCCUGUCACACCCAGGUGGGCUGCGGACCUCUCAGCAGUACCCUCCUAGUGAAUCGCCACAUGAAGUGGGAGAGCAGAGACACUGAGUCCACCAAUUCUGCAGCCAUGGCCAGCACAUGGAAAUAGCAACAAACUACCCACAGCUCAGACUAUGCUCACCUCCUUGUUAAGUGCCCUAGGAAAAUAACUCUUUAUGUGAUGAUAAACCCUUUAUUGAAAGGCAAAAAAAAAGUAUUGUCGGACUUCUCGAUUUCUGAGAGACAAAUAAGGUGAAAAAAAUUAUGCUUCCUGACUGUCACAUCUCUGGGCUGUGAUGCUCAGUCCUGUGUUUCUGUUAGUGUGUCAAAUUGCUGCUUGGUUAUCCUUCCUCCUCAAAUAGGUCUCGGAAUGUGCGAAGGUGGGUGUGUGUUUGUGAAAGGGAAGGGUUGAGUGUGAGUUUCCAUCAGGAGAAAAAGUCCCUUUCCUACAUGUCAGAUCUCCAUAUGGGAAAACACAAGUAUUACAAGUAACAUGAAAAGCAUGGACGGUGCACUUACUUCAUUUUCUUCCUUUUUUUUUUUUUUUUUAAAUGAGUAAUUUAAUUGAAUCACAUUUCUGCGGUUGUAUGGAAGAAGCUAGUGGACAGCUAGAGAUGAAAUCAGUUUAUGUUUGCUGGCAUUCCAUUUAGUACUGUUGGAUGCAGAUAUUUUUUUAGGUGUAAAGUUUCAUCUCUUCCAUUACUUUCUUGUCUUGGUUUCUUUUUAUACUUAAGUACUGUGCAUAUGAUUUGCAUGUUUCAAUCAUCAAAGGGAUUUAAAAGGAGAGUGCUUACUUGCUGUUUACAGAAAAUGGAGAUAAAUGUACAUACAUUUUUGUAUGUUUAAAGAAAAAGCUAUACCAUGACUACUCAGGUUUGGAGCUGCUUGUAAGUAUAACAAGAUAACUAUAAUACCUAUAAAAGAGUUUUAUUUUGUUGA